GAAAAGUGGAAUAUGUUGGAAAGACUUGAAAAUACAUUCCAGACUCGUAUUAUUUUGACAGUUACAUCACCCAUCACGUACAGUUGCAGGAUUGGUGGAUUUUUAGUCUUACAGGGAGUAAUAAAUUGAUUAAGUAACAUUGAGAGACUGUGGCUUAGAAUAAUCAGUGGUGCUUGAAUUCUCUAUCACUUCCCCAGUCACCCUCUACGGGUGUUACAAAUAUAUACAGCCCAGUGACGGAAAAAAUUGCAUUUCCCAGUGUAGUAGAGAGUGCAUGAAAAUCCCCCUCUCAUUUGCAUCAUGCGUACGUGAGCAAAGGAAGUUUUCGUGGAGAUUGAUCAAUACAAAUUAAUUUUUCCGCCUCUCUGUGGGGAAAAAUACAUUACUGGUGCGGACGAGAGAAGUAGGUGCCGUGCGACACGUAGCUCGUAGCUGAAUCAGCAGAAAAGGCAACAACAGCGAAGCAGGCGAAAGAGAAGGGAAGGCAAGAUGUCAACAAAUCGAGGAAUAAUUGUGCGCACCAAAAGAAAUUCAUCCGCGAAUUUGCUCGUGCAAACAAAACGCCCAAGAUAUGAUACACAAGUCGUACCCAAUCUCGAUAGCAGCGACAGCAUCGAGGAUUCCGAACUUGCCAGGAAGGUAUGCGUCAAGAACAUUCCCCGAGCGGGGCAGCCAGUCAACAGGAAGGUCAUGAAACGCGCAGGACCGUACAUUCUGGGUCCCAAGCUUGGCAAUGGACCUGUGGAGAGUAUCUCUCAGUAUCUGGCCCGGAAAGAGAAUACAGGGGAAUACUAUCAGCUAAAGAUUCUCGUUUUAAACGCCAAUCCUUGCUGUGUAAAAUCCCUGGAGGAUGAGAAGCAGGGAAAACUUCUUUUGCAUUCAGAGUACCAACUACUGACGAUGCUCCAAAAUGAAGAGGGUAUUAUACGCUCCCAUGAGCUCUUCAGUGACAUUGCUUUCGAGGAAGAACCUGUGUCUGGCAAAACAUCAGAGUAUGUGUACACAGGAAAACUGAAGAGGCGGAUAAUUCUCGUGGUCGACUGUGUCACUGCGCACGAGUUCUGCGAUAAGACUUCAGUAUUUAUCAACUUGCAGCAAUACCUUAUCAGGGAGAAGACACUCUCAGAGAAUCGUACGCUUCUAAUAUUCUACGAAAUCAUAAAGAUCGUGGAGAAUCUCCAUAGGAAGAAUGUGGUUCAUCGUGAUCUUAAGUUGGGUAACAUUGUCUACAAUACCCUCACACAGCGUGUUAUCCUCACCAACUUCUGCCUAGGGAAGCAUCUACUCAAUGAGAAUGACUACCUGAGGGACCAACGUGGUUCACCGGCCUACAUCUCCCCGGACGUUUUGGGAGCGUCGAGUCAGACCCCGUACAAAGGGAAGCCAUCGGAUAUUUGGGCACUGGGUGUGGUGCUCUUCACCAUGCUCUACAGUCAGUUUCCAUUCUUCGAAACAACCCCAGCAGCUCUGUUCAAGCGGAUCAAGUCUGCAGACUACAAGAUUCCAAAGAACACAAAAGUGUCUGAAGAGACUCAGUUUCUCAUAAAGAACAUGUUGCACCUCAAUCCGGAAGAAAGGCUGACAGCAAGUGAAAUACGCGAGCGAUUGGAGGGCAUUAUGAGUGGGAAGCGUCAGCAAGUACUUCAAGUGGACCAAGUUGUGCCGGAGAAUAGUGUUGAUAUAGAAGAGACACGAUCAAAGAUAAAUGAACCUGAUCCUACACUGUCCAGUAACUCAUUCGUGGGUAUUCUGGAUAAAGUUCUUCACAGUACCACGAAUAGCCUUCUGAAACAACCAAAUAUCUCAGUACAGCGCCAUGGACGUGACGCUAGGCGUCUUACUGCAGAUGAGUUGGGUCAAUUUCAGGGAUUAAUUCGCAACAUGACGGAUACUAUGGGACGCAAUAGGCAUCCUAGUUCGGUUCACAUUAGUCAGCAGAUGAGCAAUCUGUCAAUUCGAAAUCGUACAGACAGGCAGAUUGCCAUUGUACCGCGACAAGAGGGCCGUCGAACUGUAGUUAAUGGGACAGCAGAGUCCAAUCCAACUGCAUCACUGCAUCAGUUCUGUCAUCCAUCGCUCAUAAAUACGGGCCUGCAGCUGUACUAUAACAAUAUCCAACUCCCACCUGGUGGAUCGGGUACCUCAAAUACCCCAACGGCUCAAGGGAGUAAUGGGAAUUUGGAAUUUUGGAAUCGCCGACGUUCAGUGGAUCGCCUUGCAAAUUGGCUCUCGAAUCUCAGAGCAAUGGUAGCUAAUAGGCGCAAUGCCAUUCGUCUGGAUGAGCCAGCACUUCGUUUAUUCUGUGCAAUGAAUAAAAUGUACAACCAGGGUCGCAUUCCCUCCCCCAAUGCCGACACUCUCCAGGAAUUCAGUGGCGUCAUGACAAAUGACUUGGCAGAGAAAAUAAGCGAGUGGCUCAUUGCCGACUACAGCAAUUUGGCGAUUGUGCGGGAUAUUUUUGGUGGGUCGGCAGUAAAUGCCAAAGACAAAGUGUUCGAGCUGCUGCGUCGAUGUGGUGUCCAAAUGGAUGUCAACAAUGGCAUUACGGAGAUUAAGAGGGCACAAACCAUCGAGAUGCUCAUUAUUCUGGCCUACAUGCUCAAAGCAUCGGGAUACAGCAAUUCCUACUUUAUAUCAUAAAAAAAAACAAUAUCCUUAUUUCACAACCAUUAGACAACAAAAUUUCAUAUAAAGUCGUCUUUAGGAAUCACAAUCAAUUAAAAAUUGCUUCGAUUUCUUUGAAUGAAAGAUCAGUGAAAACUAAACAAAUUCAAUAAUACAAAUUCAUAUUAAACCAUUAUUUUAAAGUUUAGAGCCCAAAAAAACGAAAAGCUACAGAUUAACGUAUUUUUGGCAAAAUUUUCUCAAAUCAAGAAAGAUUUUUUUCUGAUCUUAAAGGAAUUAUAAAAGAAAUUUUGUAGUCAAAAUGGAUGAGAAAAAAAUCAAAGUAUUUCGACUGGAAAUGAAAACUCGUGAUCCGCUUGAUGAAAAAAAAAAUAAAGCUCUGUCCAGGAAGUGGAGUCACGAGGCGCCUGAGAGAGAAAAAUACGGCGUGUGAUGUAAAGAGUAAAAAUAAAAUAAAUAUAUCUGUAUAUCUCAA